GGGAGACCUUCUUUUUAAUGCUACAAGGGGCAAGUUGCAGACGAAACCGAACCAUCACGAGUAGAGUGAAAAUGGCUUUUCAACCGCCAGGGUCUGGACAAGAACAUAAGAAUAGGAAGAUACUGGAACAGUUAGAGGAACAGAAAAAGAGACUGCGAAUGCAGACUCACGGUGGAAGUGGUGGUAGUGGUGGAGGAGGAGGUGUCAGUGGAGGAGGAAAUGGAGCCAAUAAUGCUGCCAAUAUGGGGCCUGGUACAACAAGUUCGGUAAAUCAGCAAGCUUCACAUUUGUCAAAUAUAAGCAUGGUGAUGGAAACACAACACAUGACCCCAGCACAGAGGGCAGCACUACAGCAUGCCAAUGCCAACUCUGUGGGCUACUUCAUCACACAAGACUCUUCAUUUGGGAAUCUGAUACUACCUGUACUUCCUCGCUUCAACGAAAAGACAUGACAACUGUGUCAAGCAUACAUCAUUUCCAUUGUUUUCUGUCAGCUACAUGAAUUUCCAUCACCAUUGUCAGUAUCACAUUGCAAUACUCAUUUGGGACGCAUUCAGCAAAGAAAACUUUGUACUGCUUAGUAAUUAAUGUUCCAUCAUCAUCAUCAUCAUCAUCAUCAUCAUCCUUACACCACCACCAUAAAUCAUCAUCAUCAUCAUCAUCAUCAUCCUUACACCACCACCAUAAAUCAUCAUCAUUAUCAUCAUCAUCAUUAUCACACCACCACCAUCAAUCAUCAUCAUCAUUUUGCCAGGAGAUUGCAGGAUUAAUCAUUAAAAGAAUAGACAGAUAAAAUGAUAAGUUUUCUUGGUUAAUUUGGAGAAUUUUACUACAUAUUUUAUACCAUUGGCAAUAUACAAUGAGCAUUUAAUUGUAUGCUAAAUUUUAGAUUAUAUGAUAGGCAGUAAACUGUAUGCUAAAUUUUAGAUUAUAUGAUAGGCAGUAAACUGUAUGCUAAAUUUUAGAUUAUACGAUAGGCAGUAAACUGUAUGCUAAAUUUUAGAUUAUACGAUAGGCAGUAAACUGUAUGCUAAAUUUUAGAUUAUACGAUAGGCAGUAAACUGUAUGCUAAACUUUAGAUUAUACGAUAGGCAGUAAACUGUAUGCUAAACUUUAGAUUAUAGGAUGAGCAUUAUAUUGUAUGCCAAGCUUUAACAUAAGAAGGAUGAAAUGGCUGCUAAUCUAAAUGAUAAGGAAUUAAAUUCUAUGCUAAAUUUUAAGGGGGAAAAGAAAUUGUAUGCUUAUUUUUAUAAGAAAAACUUAAAUUGUAUGCUUAUCUGUGAAAUAAGAAAGGAUUAAAUGCAUACUAAAUUGUAAAGUAAGGACGGAGUUCUGUUGCAAGAAAAAGAAUGAAUUGUAUACUACCCUUGAAGGUGAUUGGGUCACAUUGCAUGCAAACAGGGAGGAUUCAUAUUUUGUAUCCCCUUUAGAAGGGACUCGGGUGCUGAAUGUGACGCUAUUAAAAUCAUGAAAUAAAAAAUGAAGACAA